AUGGAGAAGAGGUACAGUAGGAAGAAGAUUGCAAGGCAGUGGGAGGAUGGCAUCCUUCUAGGUGUACUCAAGGAUCUCAAUGCCAUUAGCAAAAAUUUGAAUGUAGUCAAGGUUGCAACCUGUGAUGAUGGCAUUGCAGAGGUCACAAUAUUAGAUGACUGGAACAACCAGAAAAAGGCACACAGUGAAUCUUGA